AUGUCAGCUACAUCAGUUAAAAAACUAUGUAGAGAUUUAGGCAUUAAGCGUUGGCCACACAGGAAGUUACAAAGAAUAGAGGGAGAAAUAAAAAAAAUAGACGAAUCAAUGAAAGAUCCUUCUAAAACUUCUUUUGAAAGAAAUCAAUACCAUGAGCGAUACCUUGAAUUAAUACAAUUGAAACAACAAGUCUAUGAUGAUCCAAAUAUCCCUUUAAGUAACCCUCCAAAAAAAAAGUAUUAUUGUAAAUCAACACCAAAUCCAAAACCAUUUCAUCAAAUCAAAUUUCAACUGAAUGGAAAAACAAUUCCUAUCUCAUGCUCAGCACCUCUCAGCUCAAUAGUUUUUGGUCCUGAUUAUUUAGGUGUGAUUAUUUCACAACAACCUAACAUAACACCACCUGAUUGUCCAAUACCUGAAGCUGAGUCUUAUGAAAUUAGUUGUCUUCCUUCUGAAGAUCCUUUACAACAAAGUUAA